AUGCGUCCAAGGUUUUCCGCGACUCUCAUUCUACUGCUGGGGAUGAUGGGAAAUUUCGGCUCCCUGUUGGAAGCUAAGGAUGCACCCACGAUCAUCCAGGGAAUGCAGAAUCUUAACGAGAAGACUCAUGUCGCACGGCAAUCGCUAGAAGGAUUCGAUGGCAGUUUUAUUAAGGGCCUAUUACUAGCGAGGGAUCUCUUUGAGACUACAAAAGCAGCUGAGGCCUCAAGAAAAGCUUUCGAGGAUGCGGACCCGCUGUCAUACGACGAUGUACCCGACAUUUUGGAGAACUACCACACAGUCCGGAAGACAAUUGAUGAUGCCCUGAAGGCUGUCCCGGCAAAGGUCGACUCCAUAGACUCCAUGGGUGUCCGCAUGUUCGCAACCGGGCUUCUGCGAAAUUUUGCUGCCGACAGAACCGCGUACGAGAAGGCGACGAAGGCGAAGAUACCUGUAGAAAACCAUACAAGUAUCCAGGGCCCUAUUGAUAGCCUUGCAAACUCAUUUGACGACGCAAUCUCGCUAUUUAUCUGA